GUCAUUGCACCUGCGCAUUGUGGUAACAAUGAGACAGCACACCGCUUCAGCGUCUACAACAUCGACGACCAUGACGAUGGCGACGAAGCGACUGUUUGAAGUUAUGACGGAUUAAUAGGAAAGCUGAUUCAUAAUCGAAUGAAAUGCAGAUUUAAUGCAGUGCGACGCUCACAUCUGACGGGACAACAUGGGACAGAAGUGCGCCGUACUGUGGGGCUUCAUCGGGCUCGUGGUUCUGGCUGUCGGCAUCAUCACACCCACCAUCUUCAACAUCAUCCUACGCCAGGAAAUGAGAAAGAUGCUGCCCUUGGAAGUGGGGUCCUACUCGUACGAGAAGUGGCGUGAUUUGCCCGUACCGAUGCAAAUUCAGUUGUGGGUAUUCGACGUUAUCAACGCUGAUGAAGUCAUGGACCUUGGCGUCAAACCUUAUGUUGUUGAAAAGGGGCCAUACACGUACAGAUUAAAGAAGCAGAAAGAGAACAUCACCUUCCACGCCAACUCCACUGUGACGUUUCGGCAGCUGUCGUGGUACUACUUCGACAGGGAGCUGUCAGUGGGGGACGAGAACGACACCUUCACCACCAUCAACAACAUCCUACUGGGUGCAGCAUACAUGACCCGGUUCGAGUACCCUGUCGUUAAAGAGAUCACCAACCUUUUGCUUGAAGCCCUGGGGGGCAACCUAUACGAGAAGUACACAGUGUGGGAUAUGGUGUGGGGGUACGAGGACCCGCUCUUGAAGAUCAUCAAGGACGACAUCCUCGGCGCAUUCAACCUCAGCUAUACUCUUGAUGACCAUUUUGGCUUCUUUUACAAAUGGAACGGAUCGGACCAGGGUCAGUUUACAGUGUACACCGGGGCGGAAGACUUGGCUAGGUUAAGCAAAGUCGAUACAUAUAACGGUUUAACGAAUGCGCCUUUCUGGAGCACACCAUACGCCCGGAUGUUAAAUGGAACGGACGGUACUUUCUUCCCGCCUUUCCUUGACAAACACAAGCCUCUCUUUUUCUACUCUCCUAACGCAUGCAGGACAUUGUACAUGGACUUUGAUCGAGAGAACAUUGUGAAGGAUAUCGAUACCUACAGGUACCUCCUCCCCGCCUCCAUGUUGGAGAGCGGCAGCGUCAACCCCGACAACGUGGGCUUCUGCACCCCCAACGCCGACUACUGUAUGCCCUCAGGGGUGCUCAACGUUAGCGGCUGUAGAGAGGCAUCAUCAGCUAUCAUGUCAUAUCCUCAUUUUCUUGGCGGUGACCCGGAAGUUAUAAACGGGGUCAACGGCCUCCAUCCUGAUCCACAGCAUCAUGCAUCUUUUCUGGAUUUGGAACCGACGUCCGGAGUACCCAUGGAGGUCGCAAUGAGACUCCAGAUAGGAGUGUUUGUUUCGAAUUUUUCCAGUAUAAGACAGCUGAAGCACACGAGGACGUACUUUCACCCAAUACUGUGGUUUAAUGAGAGCACUGUAAUAACAGAUGACCUGGCUGGUCAGCUGCGGACGGAGUUGGUCGAGGUUGUCCAGGCAGUGUCCGUGCUCCACUAUCUGCUACCGUGUGUUGGGGCUGUGGUGGCCGUCAUCGCCGUCUUCUAUACACUGCGUAGACGGAAACGUCAGAAAAAGAAUACUGAAAACAGAGAAACGGAAACAGAUUCGACGGAAAACGAUCCCCUGUUGGUCACGUGACAAUAUCCCGGAUGUCAUACAACAGUCUGAUGGUAUUAUUCUAAACAUCUCAGAACAAGUCGCAAGCUGAAACCAUUUUCAUUGACUUGCAUCGAUGUCACUAGAA